AGCCAGUCAUUGCUGGCCACGCUGCCAUAGCAACUAGGAAAUACUCACCACCGUCAGUGGAGUAGUGUGUGAAUGUGUGUGUUAAGGGGGGAUAGAGAGAGCAGAACGUGGUGAGUGGGAGUCCAGACAGACCACAACAACAGAAGGGACCAAUUUUUCACCUUUGCCUUGAGUUCUACGAUUUCCUCGCUUCGUCUUCCAGCAGCUGUCAACAGCUGGCUCAGAGAUGGCUGCCAGCACCGCGGCCACAACUCUCCUGCCUCCAGUGAAGAGCGUGGUGGUGUAUAGGAAUGGAGACCCUUUCUACAAUGGACGGAGGUUCGUGGUCAACCAGCGACAGGUCGCCACCAUGGAGGCCUUUCUGACUGAGGUGACCCUGAGCAUCGGGGCUCCGCUCGCCGUCAGGACUCUGUACACCCCAAGGCAGGGCCACAGGGUCACAGACCUGCAGGACCUUCAGACAGGAGCCCAGUAUGUUGCUGCUGGCUUUGAAAAGUUCAAGAAGCUGGAUUACCUGAACGCAAGAACAAAAAAGCAGCCUGCUGCCCGUGAAGAAACCCAGGUCAAAGUGACUCAGAGGCCAAAUGUCUCAGCCAAGUGGAGGAAGUUUAUACCCGUGCCGUGCAUUAUACACGUUUUCCGUAACGGAGAUCUCCUGUGUCCGCCAUUCCGAUUCAUCAUUCCUCGGAGCAUGCAGCAGGACCUGGAGCAGAUCCUGAGUCUGGUCACAGAGAAGGUCAGCUUACGAACAGGAGCUGUGCGCAGGUUGUGCUCUUUGGAAGGAGUGCCUGUGUCCUCAGCUGUGGAGCUGGAGACCGGCCGCUGCUAUGUUGCCGUGGGAACCGAGAGGUUCAAGAAACUUCCAUAUGUGGAGCUGUUGGUUUCAAAAGCUGCUGAGAGAUAUCACCCAGGAAAGAGAAGGCUGAUGAGGAGAAAUGAGAACAGGAAAGCAGGAAGUGGUCCAGAGGACCAGUGCAGUGACUCAGCCCUCCUCGACUCUCCAGAGUCAGAUGGUCGGAGGGUGAAGUCGACAGGAGAUGAAGCGGCAGCUCCACAAGUCACGCAGCAGAGGAGCAGGAGAGGGGGAGGAGAUGAGACCUCCGUGUUCUUCGCCAGGCCGGUUAAGAUUCGCAACAACAGAGGACGACCAAGACCGCCACUCAGCAAUGGAUCUGUCCAGCCCAGCGUGUUUAAAAGAGCAGCACGGAAGAGAAGAGAAGAAGUACGAGGGGCCGAGGAGGUGCACGAGGAUGAAAACACAGCUAUAGAGCUUCCUGUUGACCAGAGAGCUGCAGAAAUAGUGGAGGAUGAGGAAUUAGACAACCAAAACGGCUCUCUGCACAACUCACAGCAGAGACAUGCACAAAUUAUAGAGAGUGAGCAGCACAAUGGGAGAGAACACCCACACAAACACAAUGGAAAGCAGGCUCUGUAUUCUGAAGAAGAUGGUGUGAAACAGACAGAGGGAUCUGCCAGGACUGAGUCUGCUGCUGAGAUACAGGAGCCUGAGCUGAGGCAGACAGCUUCAAAGUCGAGGCCUUUGUCAUCCACCUCGCAGGGAAAGAACAGGGAAGAAAAGGACAGCCCACAGGACGGCCCGUCAAUUACAGCAGAACAGAACCAUCAUCAGGAGGACUGCUGAAUGACGAGCACAGAUUCAUCAAAGUGGUUUUAAUACAGCCACAGGCGCAGCAGAUGACCCAGCCGCUGCUU